AGCGAAACCACUAUACACUGUUCCGUUUAGAUUCUCUCGGGAAAAUAGAGACUACUAGAGUGGGUUUUCUUUUGGAAACUUUAGAGAGCGAGAGAGAGAGAGUGAAAGUUCGAAGAGGAAGAAAAUUCAAAAGAUGAGGCCUAAGGUCGUUCUUUUUGGCGACUCCAUCACUGAAGAAUCAUUUGGCGACGGUGGCUGGGGAGCUUCUCUCGCCGAUCUUCUCCGGCGCAAGGCUGAUAUGGUGUUACGAGGAUACAGUGGAUAUAACACGAGAUGGGCAUUAAAAGUGAUGGAGAGAGUUUUUCCGGCAGCGGGAGACGGCGGAGCAUAUCCAUCGGCAGUGACUGUAUUUUUUGGAGCCAACGAUGCGUGUCUGCCGGAGAGAUGCUCGGGGUUUCAGCAUGUGCCACUUCUCGAAUAUAAACAGAAUCUUCGCUUAAUUGUUUCGUUUCUCAAGAAUCGUUGGCCACGAACGGUCAUUAUUCUCAUAACUCCACCACCAAUCGACGAAGAGGCUCGGCUCCGAUAUCCUUAUAUCGAAAACACGAUAGGCUUGCCAGAAAGAACAAACGAAGCAGCAGGAACAUACGCAAAAGCGUGUGUAGCCGUAGCUAAUGAAUGCCAAAUUCCAGCCAUCGAUCUUUGGUCCAAGAUGCAGCAAAUUCCGAACUGGCAAACUGAAUGUCUAUGGGACGGUUUACAUUUGAGUCGGGUCGGGAACAAAGUGGUGUUUGAAGAAGUUACAAAUACGCUUAAAGGAGAAGGUAUUGGAGCUGAGGACUUAGUUGUGGAUCUUCCCCUCAUUGAAGACGUUGACCCAAAGAAACCUCUCACAGCCUUUGAUGAGUUAUGAUGCUUUUCAUAAUCAUAAUGUAUCGUUAAUCCUUCGAUUGAAUAAUGCGCUAUUGUUCACACACAAAAUCUGCUCUAAUUGAACUGAACUAUAUUUAAGUUUUGCUUAAGUUUGAUAUUGGGGGUCACAUACGUAAACUAUCAUAUCUAAAUCUCUAUAAUAGUAGUAGUUUUCCAACUACACAUUUAUGCAUGUCCAACGACUACGGUUCGAUAGAUAAAUGUCGUCGUGAAUAUGAAAAAUCACCGAAACUACAAUAUUUAGUUAAACCCUUGACCUAUCAACAGUCAAGAUCACAACGCAGUCGUUACAAGUUCUGGGCCAAAGACAUCGCCAAUAUUGGGCCUAAAAGAAACCAAGCCCACGCCAGCUGCACAUUCCUGUCGCCUUUCUCCAAUGGCUCCCAAAACAGAGGAUAAGAACAGAGCUGCGUCUGACUGCACGGUUAAAUCAAAAGAGACGUCCAACGUCACGCUGGCAAACAGCUUUGCGGUACAAGAUCCAGAUUAUGCAGUGUAGUGACGACACCUGUGCACGUUCAUAUGAGGAGCUAGGGUUUAGACUUUAGUAUGAAUAAGAAGCUUUAGCCAUUGUAAUACUUGAGCGAAAAUGAAAUAACAAAAGACAUUUCUCGACUUCAUCUUCCCAAGUUUAUUUUGCUUUUUAAAAACGAGAGUGGAUAAUGUGAACAAUGAUAGCAAAUACACAUACAACUCAAUAAAGAAAAUUGUUUUAAAAAACUAAAUAAAGAAUUGAUUUUUGGGCAGCAUGAUCAAUUUUGUUAAUCUAUCUAUGGCGAAUGACGAUAAAGACACUACAAGUCAUAUUUACUAAAUCUUUUUUUUUUUUUUAACUGGCUUUCAUAUUGAAAUAAAGAAAAAAAAUACAGAGAUUACAAAGAAGAAACAAAAGAAAAAAAAAAUACAACUUGAAACUAAAAGGAAAACAUGACAACACAAUCCGAAUAUAUUCAACCCGAGAUGGGGAUAACAGUGGCUCACAAGUAAGAAGCAAGUAAAAUAGGUACGACAUACAAUGGCAGCUUUUAGAUGGUUUGACUACACAGGCAAGUAGCGUUAGCAAACUCCGGGUCUUACAUCCUAUUCACCAACCAAUUGCUGUUAAUCCAAAGAGGAGCCGGAGCAUCCUGACUUGCUUCCAAACAAGUACUACCACUGACAAUUAAGCGCAGGGAAGGUGAGGAGCAACAAACCUGUACGCACGCAACACCAAACGCCGAAAGAACGGGAUGAAAAGGAGGCAGC